AUGGCUCCCCGAAAAUACGUUCCUCUAGAAGCCUACACCAUUGGGCUGAUCUACAUCAAACCACUCGAGAUGAACGCCAUCACGGUCAUGUUGGAUGAAGAACACGAGUCGGUCCCUUUGGCACUGGAAGAUAAGAAUGAAUACAUACUCGGCCGCAUAGGAAAGCACAAUGUCGCCGUGGUAGGGCCGGCUCGAGGCGCUCAAGGGAAAGUUGCUAUCGCAGAUGUCGUCGGAUCCAUCCGUUGGACCUUUAAAAACAUGAACUUAGGCCUACUCGUGGGAAUCGGCGGAGGGGUCCCUCAUCUGCCGAAGCACGAUGUGAGACUCGGAGAUGUGGUGGUCGGAGCGCCCGAGGUAGGUCCGGCGGUCGUGCAGUAUGAUCUCGGAAAGGAGCUGCCCACAGGCUUCGAAGUCACCCGAACGCUCAACAAGCCACCAUCGUUACUUCUACAGGUGGUCAAUGCGGUGGAGGAUCAAUACCUCCGGCAGGAAGAGGGAGAAGAUAGUUUCUUUAGCAGACACCUUCAGCGUUUCUACAAAUACCCUCGACUCAGGGACCGGUAUCGACGUCCAACCAGUGCCGAUCGGCUCUUUCAAGACAGCUAUCGCCAUGAACCGGGCAUGGAGUGCCGCACCCACGAGCAGAAAUAUGAACAGGUACGCACCGAACGUAGCCCUGCUGAUGAGAUCCAAAUUCACUACAGCACGAUCCUCUCCGGGGAUCGAGUCAUGAAAUCCGAAGUCACUCGAGACAAGAUCAGCGCACAGUUCAACAACGCCCUCUGUUUCGAAAUGGAAGCCGCUGGACUGAUGGAUAUCUUUCCCUGUCUGGUCAUUCGGGGCAUUUGUGACUACUCGGACUCUCACAAGAACAAAGAUUGGCAAGAGUUUGCGGCAGCCACCGCCGCGUCGUACGCACGGGAGCUUCUGCUGACCAUAGCAGAGAGAGUAGUGCAAGGAUUAGAACGUCCGGCAGCACUUCCACAAUCUGAGGAAGUGUCGACCAGAUCUCCUUCAAAUGUUUCUCAGAUACCCAAUGACCAGCGCUCAAGUGUGAUCUUUUCAGGAGCUAACAAUUCAGGACUUCAGACUGGAUACAACUCUGGGACCAUCACAUGGGGCCCUCCGAAGUAG